AUGACAGGGGAAGCAGGGGAAUACUCAGUUUCAUCGCUUGUUAUCGUAGCUUGUGCUCUUCUUCUUGGAGGUAUCAUUCUGUCAUCAUUCCUCUUCUAUUGGUUCAAAAAGAAGAGAAAACAUCAAAUUUCUUCUGCUACUUCAUUGAAAGAACCAUUUGCCCAAAUACCAUACGAAAAACUCCUUCAGGCAACCGGUGGCUUCUCUUCUUCUAAUUUGAUUGGUGUAGGUAGUUUUGGAUUUGUGUAUAGAGGAAGCAUUGAUGAUGAAGAUGUUGCAAUCAAAGUGCUUAACCUUCAGCGCCGAGGUGCUUCAAGAAGUUUCAUAGCUGAGAGUAAAGCUUCAAGAGAAAUUCGCCAUAGAAAUCUUGUAAAGAUCAUAACUUGUUGCUCGAGCAUUGAUUUUCAAGGUAAUGAUUUUAAGGCCUUAGUGUAUGAAUACAUGCCUAACGGGAGUUUAGACAAAUGGCUGCAUCCGGAUCAAGAAACAUACAAUGGUCAAAAUAAUCUAAGCCUAGUUUGUAGAGUGAAUAUUGCCAUUGAUGUGGCCCGUGCACUUGAUUAUCUCCAUCAUGAUUGCCAUCAGCCAAUUGUUCACUGUGAUCUAAAACCGAGCAAUGUUCUUCUUGAUAGCAACAUGACUGCCCAUGUUGGAGAUUUUGGGCUAGCAAGAAUUCUUCCACAACUUACAAAGCCAAACCAAAGCAGCUCGUCAGUUGGAAUUAAAGGAACUAUUGGAUAUGCUGCACCAGAAUACGGUCUAGGAGGAGAAGUUUCAAUACAGGGAGAUAUCUACAGUUAUGGGAUUUUAUUAUUGGAAAUGAUAGGAAAGAGACCGACAGAUAACUUGUUUGAGACAAGUCUUAACCUUCACAAGUAUGCUCGAACUUCUCUUCCUGACCAUGUUAUGGAGAUUGUUGAUCCAAUGCUUCUUAGAAAUGACAAUGUCAUAACCAUGAGACAAUUAGUAAAUGCUACCAGAUUAAAGGAGUGUCUGAUUUCCAUGGUUAAAAUUGGAGUUGAAUGCUCCAUCGAGUCAUCAAGAGAUAGAAUGGACAUGACUAAGGUUGUUCGUGAGCUAUUCAAGAUUAGGGAUGUUCUUGAAAGAAACCACAACUAAGUCCCAUAACAACAGGCAUAAAGAUAAUGCUAUUGAAUAAUGAUCUCACUUUUUUUAUCCUUGAGGACAAAGAGAAUAAACAAGAACAGGUUUGUAUGUUGAUUUUUAGCUACCAGGGAAUAAGAUCCUGGUGUGUUGUUGUUAGAAUGCGUGAAAAUUUUCUAGACAGAUCUUAAUUUGUGGUUUAAUUCCAUAAUUUAAGGAAAUGAAACGGUGUUACUUGUGCAUGUGAGUAGUAUGUGCUUAAUCUUAGUAAUGUUGUCUCAAUGAAGAAAUGUUUUAGUUAUUGUAUUAGAUAAUAAUAAUGUUUAUUCCUUCUAAACAAAUUCGAGAAACAUUGCACUGGUUCAAUAUUCAUUGACAUUUACACUGUUUUUCACUGUUUAUCACAGAAGUAUUUAACUUUAAUUUUUGACAGUUACAGCUAAAAGGAUUAAAAACAUCAGCUUUCUG